AUGACUAUGGUUCGGCAGUACCCCCCGCAACCGCCGUCGCAGCUUCCCUCGACCGUGGCCUACAACAACAUCGCACCUGCCCCAUCUCACCCCUCGUUCCUUCGCAAUGCCACCAACCUCGAGGGUCAUAGCCUUGCCCAGCACGCAAGACCGCAGCAGUACGCCCAUCCGCUAUCGAGACAUAACUCAUAUGGCUCGCAGCCUUCCGAAGCUGGCCGCACACCUAAACCUGCAGAGCACAUGCUUCGCCGUAAGACGCCUAACGGAAUCUUGGCAGCUGCGUAUGAUGGCACAUCUGUUGAGAAGAACGGAGAGCCACAUGCAACCAAACACAUCCUUCUUCCCGUGACAGCUGAAUCAAAGUUACCGUACGGUGUCAAGCAGGACCUUCCUCUGCGCUCACCGGGUAUCAACAGUGGCCUAGGACAUAACCCACAGGACACGUCAGAAUGGAGUCCCAGUCGCUACUUCGAGACCGGUACAGGGCUCCCGGGCCAGCAUCUACCCCAGAUUGAUUCUAUGCUCAACCAAAUUCCUCCAUUGCAACCUCUUCUACCCCAUCAAAUGUACGGCCAUCCCUUCUGCGGACCCAUGGGCCCACCCUUUCAGACGCCGCUGAAUCCAACUGUUUCUAAUGACCAAGGGCCGUUUGGACCCUAUUGGCACGACGGCACUUACAUUCCCUACCGCCCUGCUGCUAUGCGGGAUCCUCGCUUCUUACAUCAUCCCAGUCAUAACUGGAGUCACCCUCACAGUAACGCCUACAAUAGCCACGCAUACAAUGCCAUGCCCAACUAUACUCACUAUCAGCAAAACCCCAUUCACCUAGAUUAUGGCCAACCCGCGUACAACCAUGCAGGGAGGCCGUCAGUAGAUUUCCCACCCUAUGGACAGCCUCAGAAUCAUGUCGCGCUAGACUACCAGAAUCAGUCGCUUCCUCCUCCGCUUACACAACGUGCCCAGGACUAUCUGAACUCUGGCCAGACAACGCCAGUCCAAGAGUUCACCCCGGCUAUACCGAACGACGAGUACGGGCUGCAGUCACCAAAUGGCCAAAGCAGAGAGAAAGUAUUCGCUUGGGCUCACGCAGUAUAUGUCGACCUACUCAGGUACCUGCAAUCAACACGCAAAUCAAAUUCACAAAAUGCCCAUGGUCGCGUCAAUCACAGACCCCACAUCUAUCCGAAGCCACCACGACAACCUGGACUCAGCCUUUCGAGUUCUGCUACUGGUAGCAUGCCGUCUCUAGAGCGACGUGUCUCGUAUCCUGUUCCUACCCAAUAUGCUUCCCAAUCCAGAACAGAGUUCGCAUCCAGGAGACCUGCAAUGCCGCAUUCGCGCUCUCUGUCUGCGUGGUCAAUAGGCAGUGCAGAUCCCAAUGGUCAAUCUUGGCAAGGCAUGGCGCCACAACACCCCAUGCUCCCCCCAAUGCCAGGCAUGGAGCCACCACGUACCCUACGGCGAACUUCCGGCUCUGUUGCCAGUGCUCAUCAAAACCUCCGCCAGGGUUUGCCUCCGAGCAUGACGGCUGCCUCAGCACUCGAAGCGAUCACCAAGCAUUGCGAAGAAAGUAAAUGGAGCUGGAUAGACGGCAUUCUUCUGGGCGGUUGUCUAGCAUAUGCACUAGGUGACUACCAAAAAGCCCAGGAUUGGUACAAACAUAUCCUUACGUUGGAUAAAGAUCAUGUUGAAGCAAUAUCGAAUCUUGCGGCCACUAUGCUUGCUCUCCAACAGAAGCGCGAAGCAGAAGACUACUGGAGACGCGCAGUCAAACUUCGACCCAGUUACUUUGAGGCAGUUGAACACCUGAUUGGCUUACUUUGCAGCGACCAUAAAGGUCGUGAAGCGGUUCAGGUCAUUGAAGAAGUCGAACGCCAACUGAGAUUCGCCAAAAGAGCUGACGCUUUGAAGAGCCUCGAAGCCGAAAACGAACGGGCUGCUUCCGAAUUGAGUGAGUCGAGCGUCUCGGAAGCAUCAGAUCGGCCCAUCUUUGAGUUUGAAGGAGAGGACGAGGCCAUCUUCAAGGAUCUGGAUGAGCUUCCUGGCUCGGACCAGCCGGGCUUCGGUUCAAGCGGAUAUGCUGUUGCUGGUAGCGACAACGGUCGUGUUCUAGCUCUAGUACAUGCCAAGGGCAAUAUGCUUUACGCUCUUGGUGACAAUGCCGGUGCUGCCAGAGCUUUUGAGAACGCAGUGCUCAUUGGAGCUGGACCCCACCCUAACGGUAUCGAUGGCCUCAUUAGGCGCAUUCUUGCUGUUGUUGGGUACGAUGUGUCGGAACGCUCUCCAGGAGGCCGUCGUAUGUCUCCAUCAUCUGAUCCGAUCCUGUUACCGCCAGAUGCGGCUACUAGGACGGCUCAGCUUUGUUUCCAGCCGCACGGCCAACUGCCUGGUCUCAAGCACGUUCCUAGUGAAGGACUUUCUAGAAAAGCGGCUAUAUCGACCACAAGCAACUCUUUGCUGUCAUUAGCGAAGAUCUUCCAAGACGGUAUGGCAACUAAUUCACCCAAGACUACCGUGUACCAAAGCAAUUACGGUGUGCGAGAAAUCUUAGCACUUUACUACCUAUCGCUCUCAUUACAGCCUAGUCCGUCGACAGCCAACAACGUAGGCAUACUCCUCGCUAGCGUACAGCAGUCCGCGCCUUCCAAGGCCAGUCCAAUGUCGCAUGCGUUCGCACAUCCUCAAAUUCCUGGACUCGUCCCCGGCAGUGGAGUAGCUCUUGCGCUUGCCUACUAUUAUUACGGACUCCAACUGGACCAGUCCCAUGCACACCUCUACACGAACCUCGGAAGCCUCUUGAAAGAUAUUGGGCAGCUAGAUUACGCCAUAAACAUGUACGAACAUGCCGUGAAGUGCGAUUCUAACUUCGACAUCGCUCUUGCCAAUCUGGCCAACGCUGUUAAAGACAAAGGUCGGAUCGCCGAUGCUAUCUAUUACUACAAGAAAGCCGUUAAAUCCAGUCCUGACUUCGCUGAAGCUGUUUGUGGGCUUGCCAACGCCCUCAACUCUGUCUGUAACUGGGCUGGUAGAGGUGGCAUUGCUGAAGAUGGUGGUUCGAGAGAUCGUUGGCACGUGAACGAUAGCGGCAUGCUUCUGGACGCAAGGAUCCCUGGUGCAUCAAGCUCCGGUUGGAUUCAUAAGGUUGUUAAAUUGGUCGAGAAGCAACUUGCCGAUGGUGAAGAUUGGGGUCGAGGCAUGAUGAAUGAACAGUUCAUUCAUGAUGUUGUUCGUCCAUUGUCCCUCACAGGGAGCGUACAAGAUGUAAAAGAGAAGGAAACCAGCAUGGUAUCUGUCUUGCAUAAGUGGAAAGGACAAAAGUGGGAAGGCGCUCGCAUCGUGCGACUUGUCGAGCGUGCUAUACGAUGGAUGACUUGGCAAUGGUACCAGGACCGCUACAUUACUGGAACGCAGCGACCGCCGAUGUCUUACAAGAGGCCCCAACUGCCAGCAGCUCUAACGGUACCCGCAGCACCUACCGUCCUUCCUUUCCACACAUUUACGUGCCCUAUGUCAGCUAAACAGAUUCGUCUCAUCUCGCAACGCAACGGACUACGCAUCUCGACCUCGACGUUAAGGGUCCCUUGGCUGCCGCCAACCGUCUACCAGCCUCCUGCGCCACCACAACCAUAUCUGAAGGUUGGCUACGUAUCGUCAGAUUUCAACAAUCACCCAUUAGCCCACCUAAUGCAGUCGGUAUUUGGUCUUCACAAUCCAAGCAGAGUAAGGGCAUACUGUUACGCUACUACAGCGAGUGAUGGAUCGGAGCAUCGCAAACAGAUUGAAAGAGAAUCGCCGGUGUUCUACGAUGCCAGCAGUUGGUCAGCGGAACGACUUGUCCAUCAGAUAACUCACGACGGUAUACAUGUCCUUGUGAACCUGAAUGGUUACACUAGAGGCGCACGAAAUGAAGUUUUUGCUGCCCGUCCUGCGCCCAUCCAGAUGGCUUUCAUGGGUUUUGCAGGCACUCUAGGCGCCGAGUGGUGCGACUAUCUACUCGCCGACGACACCGCUGUACCUCCGGAUACCCUCCGACAGUGGCGCCGUAACGUCGAUCUCGAAGAUGCCCUCGUAGAUGACAACAGUGGUGGAAGUGAUGAGGAAUGGAUCUAUGGAGAGAACAUUGUCUUCUGCCGAGACACCUUUUUCUGUUGUGACCAUCGACAGAGUGCUCCGGAUUCACAAGGACGACAGCCCAACUGGGAGGAAGAGCAGCAACGACGAUGGGCCAUGCGCAAAGAAAUCUUUCCGAACCUCUCGGACAAUGCGAUCAUUCUUGCAAACUUCAAUCAGCUGUACAAAAUUGAGCCUACUACGUUCCGUACCUGGUUGCGCAUUCUCGAAAAGAUACCUAAUGCAGUCCUGUGGCUCUUGCGAUUCCCCGACCUUGGCGAAACGAACCUCAAACAGACAGCUCUUCUCUGGGCAGGUGCAGAGGUGGCAAGUCGCAUCAUGUUCACCGACGUCGCGCAGAAACAUCAGCAUAUCUCCAGGGCCCGUGUGUGUGAUCUCUUCCUCGACACACCAGAGUGCAAUGCACACACGACUGCUGCCGACGUUCUUUGGUCUGGAACACCGCUGCUUACGUUACCCCGCUAUAAAUACAAAAUGUGCUCCCGUAUGGCAGCCUCGAUUCUUAAGGGUGCGCUACCGAAGACGCCAGCGGGUGCGCAAGCGGCAAAAGAACUCAUUGCCAUCAACGACGAUGAAUAUGAAGCCAUGGCUGUUCGCCUUGCGCGUAAUUGCACCUACAAUGGGCACCGAGCCCAGGGCCGCCUGAGUGAGCUUCGCCGUAUGCUUUACGAAUCACGAUGGACAAGUCCACUUUUCGACACCAAACGAUGGGUCAGAGACCUAGAAGACGCUUAUGAGAUAGCAUGGAAGAAGUGGAAGAAGGGUGAAGGUGGCGAUAUCUGGUUGCAACAUGAACAACCCUCGCGCGCUUAG